AUGGACGACUUGGCCGAUCUUGACUGGCACGCCAAGCCGACCGCGACUACGGGUCUAUCCAAGCCGGCCUCUUCAGGCUAUCAAUUCGAUGCGCUCUUGCGCUCCAUGCCAUCGACGCAGCCUGAAAAACGGCCGACUGCACAGCCAUCCAAGCCUGCACCGCCACAAGAAGACGCGUUUGCCUCACUCCUGCCUUCCUUUGGUGAGAAGCAGCAUUUACAAGCUGCCAAGCAAGAACCAAGUACCCCUAGUGACGGUCUCUGGAAGUUAGAUGCUCUGGAAUCCAAAAUUGUACAAGCGCCGCGCGACGAAGACGACUUACUAGAGGAUUUCCGCACGCCAAGUCAGCCGGCUGCCGCUCAACCAGCGGAUCAUGAUACGCUCGAUUUGCUUGGCGAUUUAGGCAAGCCUGUAUCACAGCGUGCGUCUCAACCGAUCCAGGCUCCUGCGGUGGAGACGCGCUCUACGUCUCCGCCACCACAUGUAGUAGGCCAGCUGGUGGAAAUGGGAUUCGCCCCACAAGACGCACGGCGUGCUUUAGCACAGACAGAUGCUAAUGUGGAACAAGCUGUCCAGGUGCUCGUGGCCUCUAUACCAAAGAUGCAGGCGCCCUCCUCGCCAGAAUCGGAGCCGAAGCCGCUCCGUUCAGACACACCGUCGCUCCAAAAGCACGCGGAUCAUUUUUACACACAGGCCAACGUAUUCGGUACAUCCAUGCUCAAAAAUGCCAAUGCAUUAUGGGACUCUACCAAGGCACAUGCACGCAAGACUUUGAACGACGCACGCCGCGAUGCACAGGAUGCAUCUGCGAUGGGGAUUGCCUCAGAAUUAGGAAAGCAUAUGUGGCGGCGUUGGAAUGCCAUGCCCAAACGCCCCGUGGACUAUAAUGCCACACCGCGGUGGAUGAUGAAAGAAGAGGAGCCAAAAGCACCACAGAAUGAAAACUCGAGACAAGAGCGUUUCAACGUACCAGCCACGUCGGCCAACCUUUUGGAGGAGCCGGCCCCUGUACCGAGUCAGCCUGUUGCCAAGCCUGUUGUCGCUGCGCCUACUCCCAAACCAAAUCCUAGCAUAUCUGCACCCCCCUCACGUCACAUCCGUUCGCUUCCUGCUGAAGAUGCCGGUGCCAUAGCUCGUGCGACCGAGCUCAAGGACCAGGGCAACGCCCACUUUUACCGCGGUGCUUACGCAGAGGCUGAAGCCGAAUAUACCAAGGCUUUGGACGUGUUGCUUCCCACGUCCCUGUGGCGUAUUCCUCUCUUAAAUAACCGCGCGAAUGUGCGUUUGAAGAAUGGCGACAGUGAGGGCACCUUGUCUGACUGCACGGCAUCCAUCGAGUUGAUCGUGCUGCCAUCGAUGCAGGAUGGCAUGUACCGACCUAGCCAAGACGCUUUGCCUGCAUCGCACGCAUCGCUGACUCUGCGUGAAGCCUAUGCUAAAAGUAUAUCGCAGCGAGCGCGUGCGUAUGAAGCAAAUGAAAAAUGGGCUCUGGCCAAGCAGGAUUGGGAGCGCCUCGCACACUAUGAACGUGUGGAAGGAAGCGGCGUAAAGAGUGGCCAAGCACAUCGUCGAGCCGCUUGUGAAGGCCUGGCCAGGUGCGCCCGUAUUCUAGAGCCACCCCCGUCCAAGUCAAUUCCAGUUCCCUCUGGCUCUGCGGCAUCGGCGGCGGCAGCCGCCGCCUCAGACGCUGGCGUGAAUCGCGUCCGAGCGCUUCGCAAAGCACAGGACGAUGAAGAGGCCGAGCGCUUGUCACUAAAAGAUUCUGUCGAUGCACGUCUAGCCGCAUGGACGCGUGGAAGAGAGACCAACAUACGUGCGCUACUAGCCUCUAUCGACGACCCAAAGUACGGUCUUGUUUGGGACGAGUUGCGCUGGAGUAAAAUCAACCUGCAUAAUCUUUUGACUGAUGCUCAAGUGAAGCGGGCAUAUACCAAAGCCAUUGCUCGUCUGCAUCCCGACAAAUUGUCCAGCAGCAAUACAACGAUUGAGCAACGCAUGCUCGCAGCAGGCAUGUUUCACACACUUAAUGAUGCAUUCCAUACAUAG